UAUAUAUGAUCAUCAAAUAAUAUAAUAAAAACUUGAUAAUUAAUAUAUAUUUCUAGCUCAUAAUUCUGCUUUCAUAUAUCAAUGGCAAUGAAAUCUAUCAUCCUGUUUAUCACCCUUUUGGUAGUUAUAUUUGUGGCACCACAAGCCAACGCUCAAUCAUUAUUCAGAAUCAAUGGGACUGUAUAUUGCUCUCCGGGUGGCGCGCCUCUUGUCAAUGGCGCCACUCCUCCUUUCGCAAAUGCUACAGUCCAAGCAAUGAUAGGCCCAAUUCCAAUAGGAGAGGCAGUAAUAACAGAUACAAGAGGAGAAUUUGUUAUAGAUUUCCUUCAAUCUCUGCUUGGCUCUUUAGCUAGUAAACUUCAAUCAAUGGAUGCCAAAGUUGUCGUUACUACGCCACUCACGGCUUGCAAUUCAUCCUUUCCAGCAAACACCUUCCUAGUAUCGGUCCCUCCUUUCCAAUUGUUGAGCAACAAUACCGGCGGUACUGUAUUAUUGAGUGUGCGAUCAUACGAUUGUGUUGCUAUCUCUGUUGGGUUGUUAUAAGAAGGAUAUUAAUUACCACUUACGUGGGCGGGUCUUACUCGUUGACCACUACUAGUAGCUAUAUAUAUAUAUAUAUAUAUAUGAUCAAUAAUAAUAUAUGUCAUACGUACAACAUGGACUGAAGUUACAUGCUACGUAUCUAUCUAUCUAGCUAGCUAGCUAGUAUCUAAUAUAGGUAAUGUAUAAGAAAUAAGAAUAAAAAGACGAGAUUAUAUUAA